GGGCGGCGGCGAUGCGCGGCGCUCCCGGCGACGAUGGAGGACCGGUCCCACAAGGUGCUGCUGGCGCUGGUGAUGCUCUUCCUCUUCGCCGUGAUCGUGCUGCAGUACGUCUGCCCGGGCACCGAGUGCCAGCUCCUGCGGCUCCGCGCCCUCAGCCCCGCCGCCGCCGCCGACCCGUACCGGGCGGAGGACGAGACGCCGGCGCGUUUCGUUCCGCGGUUCAAUUUCUCCGCCGACGACUUGCUGCGGCGGGUGGACUUCAACAUCAAGGGGGACGACCUGAUCGUGUUCCUGCACAUCCAGAAGACGGGCGGCACCACCUUCGGGCGGCACCUGGUCCGCAACAUCCAGCUGGAGCAGCCCUGCGAGUGCCGCGCCGGGCAGAAGAAGUGCACCUGCCACCGGCCCGGCAAGCGGGAGACCUGGCUCUUCUCCCGCUUCUCCACCGGCUGGAGCUGCGGGCUGCACGCCGACUGGACCGAGCUCACCAACUGCGUGCCCUCCGUGGUGGACAGCAAGAAGGAGGUGCGGCUGCGGCCCUCCAGGAAUUUCUACUACAUCACCAUCCUGCGUGACCCGGUGUCGCGGUACCUGAGCGAAUGGCGCCACGUGCAGCGCGGAGCCACCUGGAAGGCGUCCCUGCACGUGUGCGACGGGCGCUCCCCGACCACCGAGGAGCUGCCCAGCUGCUACUCCGGGGACGACUGGUCGGGCUGUUCCCUGCAGGAGUUCAUGGACUGCCCCUACAACCUGGCCAACAACCGCCAGGUGCGCAUGCUGUCCGACCUCAGCCUGGUGGGGUGCUACAACCUGUCGGUGAUGCCCGAGGAGCAGAGGAACAAGGUUCUGCUGGACAGCGCCAAGGAGAACCUGAAGCGGAUGGCGUUCUUCGGCCUGACCGAGUUCCAGCGCAAGACUCAGUAUCUCUUUGAGAAGACUUUCAACAUGAACUUCAUCUCGCCCUUCACGCAGUACAAUAGCACAAGGGCCUCCAGCGUGGAGAUAGACAGGCAGACUCAGCAGCGCAUCGAGGCCCUCAAUUUUUUAGACGUGGAGUUGUACGAGUAUGCAAAGGACCUGUUUUUGCAGCGCUACCAGUACAUGCGGCAGAAGGAGCACCAGGAGGCGCGGCGGAAGCGCCAGGAGCAGAGGAAGAUCCUGCGGGCGCAGCAGGCGCGCCUGAGGGAGCAGGGCGAGAACAGCUCCAGCGCCGACUACACAGGGAACGUGGAGCGCUGGCGGCGAUAGUGGGACCCUGCCGAGGGCGGGGGAGAAGCGGAGCCCGGCCCAACCUGCAAACAAGGGGUGCUUCUCCAGGGCCUGGAGCAAAAAGAGAUCAAAAUGUUGCCUUUGCAGUUGCCUUUGCAGUAAAUGUUGUACUGUACGUGGAACACUAAAUCCUAGCGUGUAAUUAAAUUGUCCUUUUUAGGUUUGUUGGAUUAUUUAUGAAACGCAGGAGCCACCUCGGCUCACCGGAAAUGUUUCCUUGGACAUUUAUUUAAAAGAAGUGAAAGAAAAAAAUCCUUAAAUUAGUUAUGAGUACAAAACGGGAUGCUGGAAAAUGUUUAUGAUGCUCGGCUGGAAUUUAUCUGGGAAGCAAACUCAUUUCCUAAUAACGAGCAUUUAGCAUACUCUCACAAUACAGUAUAUGAACAAAACCUCUUCCCUUUGAUUUUAUCUUAAUUUUAUUUUAAUAAUGUGUUUUCAAGGGCACCAACUGCUUAUGAUAUUUACCAAGUUAAUGAGUGGACAGUGAAGGGAACAAUAAAGGUCUAGAAAAAUUAUCGACUA